AUUUCCAAACCGCCAUUGCAAUUUUUGACAGCCGAGCGAACACAGACUAUAUUUAACAACGCCUGUGCAAUCAAUUUUGUGAUAAAUAAAUACAAAUAACAACUGAACUAGACAAACUGAGACGAUAAUAUUUUAUGUGAAAAAUGUCUCAAUUCAAUUUUGUGAGUGAUCUGCAGAAUGCUUUGAUCAUGGAUGGAGAGACGCGUGGUCCUGCGCCCCGCUGGAAGAAGAAGCUGGAAGCCUCGCUCAAUGGAAGCGUGAAUACAACACGCUCCGUGCUAUCCGUUUCAUAUAAUACGAGCUUUUCCGGAGUACAAGCACCAACCAAAACGCCAGGCAAAAGCUCUGACGCAAAGACUAAAAAGAGUACAACGACGCCAACGAAGACACCAGGAGGAGGAGAUCGUUUUAUACCCAAUCGUGCAGCCACCAACUUUGAAUUGGCACAUUUCUUGGUCAACAAAGACACGGGCGAUAAGUCCGAUGAGGACCAAGAGCAGCAGCCAACGAGCAGCAACGAGAAUAAUGUCCAGGCAUCUGCUCAUAAAGGUGAACGGCAGAAACUGAUUGCCGAGGUGGCUCAGGUGGGCGAGAGCAGCAAAAGUGGACGCAUAUUGUGCUAUCAAAACAAAGCACCCGCUGCUCCCGAGUCCCAUACAAAUCCUCUUAAGGUGGUGUACUCCUUGAAGACGCCCAUAUCGACGAAGAGCGGAUCGCGCUAUAUACCGACCACAUCGGAGCGUAUACUCGAUGCGCCAGAUUUUAUCAAUGAUUACUAUCUCAAUCUCAUGGACUGGAGUGGCGAUAACAUUGUAGCCGUUGCAUUGGGCAAUUGCGUUUACUUGUGGAAUGCAGCGAGUGGAAAUAUUGAGCAACUAACCGAGUAUGAGGAAGGAGAUUAUGCCUGCGCGCUCUCUUGGAUCCAAGAGGGUCAGAUCUUGGCUAUUGGCAAUAGCAGUGGAGCUGUAGAGCUCUGGGACUGUUCGAAGGUGAAACGCUUGCGUGUGAUGGAUGGACAUAGUGCUCGUGUUGGCUCUCUGGCAUGGAACUCAUUUUUAGUUUCAUCGGGCAGUCGGGAUGGCACGAUUAUACAUCACGAUGUGCGCUCGAGGGAACACAAAGUAGGCUCAUUAAAUGGGCAUGCACAAGAGGUGUGCGGUCUGAAGUGGUCCACGGAUUUCAAGUACUUAGCUAGUGGAGGCAAUGAUAAUCUAGUGAAUGUCUGGUCCUUAGCUGGGAGUGGCGUAGGCACCGCCACUGACCCACUGCACAAAUUCAAUGAACAUCAGGCAGCUGUACGAGCCCUUGCAUGGUGUCCCUGGCAGCCCAAUACCCUGGCAUCUGGUGGCGGUACAGCGGAUCGCUGCAUCAAAUUCUGGAAUGUAUGCAACGGCUCACUUAUCAAGUCUGUAGAUUCCAAAUCUCAGGUGUGCUCUCUGCUCUUCUCGCGGCACUACAAGGAGCUGAUUUCUGCACACGGCUUUGCCAACAAUCAAUUGACCAUCUGGAAGUAUCCGUCGAUGGUUAAGCAAGCCGACCUAACUGGACAUACAUCGCGUGUCUUGCAGAUGGCCAUGUCACCCGAUGGCAGCACUGUGAUAAGCGCUGGAGCUGAUGAGACAUUGCGGCUAUGGAACUGCUUUGCACCCGAUCCAAUGGCAGCCAAAAAGGUGUCCACUGCCGGUAGCAAUGUAAAGAAGAGCGUCUUUCGACAGAGCAUACGUUAGGGAUGCAAAGAAGACGAGUCUUCUGAGAGAUGGUAAAUGGUGGAUCCGAAGAGGAAUUUCUUAGCAGAGCAAAUGCUAGAGGCAGAUUCUCUUCCAACAAAGAGCUGGCAGAUUUGAAGAGCUACUCACCCAACUAUUCGAGACUAGAUAAAACUAUUUGUAUUUCGAUUA